AUGGCCAUGACUAGUCUGUCUCCUUCGGUAGCUUCUUCUGGCUUUCAGAACCAUGGUCGAGAAAUGGGAGGUGACGCGGCAUCUUCAGCUCAAGGCUCGAUCUCUGGACAACAUGCUGGUCUAUCUGGCUCCCUGGAUGACCCUACAUCCUCGCUUCGUGCUGCAGCACUGAUGACUCUUAAGUCCAAACGCCGCAAACCGACUAGUAAUGUUAAUCAGGACGCAUCUCUGUCCGGACGGCCAGCUCCCGUUGCUCCGGAUAUCCAGCUGGAUUAUGGCGACGAUGCAUCUCUCUCGACCACAAGUAAUGCCCGUCCUGUCGCAACAUCUGCUCCGAAUGAACUGGCUCCAUCUUCUGAUACAGCUCGCUUGACUGAUGCUAUGGAGGUGGAAGAAGGUCAGAUCAGGGAGGAAGGUGAAAUCAGUGACUCUGAGAGUCCGCCACCUCCCAAACCACUGAGUGUGUCAUCUCCCACACCACUGAGUGCGCCACCUCCAAGAGAAGCUAUGAAAUCAAGGUUUUUGGAGGCGACUGGACCGACAAUUCCUCCAAGAGUGCGGGCCCGAGUUCCUUCCCGGACAGCAGACGUCGAGGCUACUACUGCGACGUCGACCCGCACGGACCAGGCGUCUAUGCUCCCUAACGGCUUCGCUGGUUCUUGGGUAUCUAGUCCUACGCCGUUGUCUGGUUCUCCUACAGAGGAUAAGGCCCGUGAUCCCAGUGUCGACUAUGUCCGGCCUGGCCUUCCUUUAAACGAUCAGCAGUACGAAGCUGCGAAAGACAUAGUCCUGGACCUCCUAGGAUGGGGAGUACCGCCUGAAUUCCUCGUGUCCUGCGGUCUAAGCCGCGAGAUCGUGUUCUACGUAUUUUCCGACCUGAAUUUGCGUCUACCGACGAAUCUCGAUAUUACUGGGUUGGUGCUGGACGGAAGUUACCCUGGACAGUCGCAUACAGCAGCUUUGCUGCCAACGUCUCAAGUCAGUCAUUCCCGACGCCCCUCGACAUCCCAUCCAAGCCUUCCUGCCAAACCCGGAAUAUCGAAUUCUGUUUCGCCUUCGACCCCUACAGCUGGUGCAACCGGUGUGACGAAGAACAACCUUUCACCUGCACCUGUUCAAGCGCCAUCUUCCCCUAGCACGAGUCUACAUGACAUGGAGCAGUUACGGCGGCAAGAGCUACUAGCUCGCAAGGCUGUCCAGGCCUCGCGCAAGUCGAAGCUACCAAGUAUAGAGAUCGAUGUGCAGGCUGGUUCAGGCCAACAUCUCACAGUGUCAGCUACGUCUGCUGAUGUCGACAUGGCCUCAUCAAUCGCAGAUGAGACCGUGGACGAUUUUUUGAAGAGUAUCGGACCAGCAUCGGAGGAAGGGAGACCUUAUCCCCUCGAUGUUCGGAGUGGAGAAGGGCGGUCCGCUCAGGUUCGAAGCGAAAGCCACGAUGACAUGGACAUCGAUAUACCCCUAUCAGAGAUCUAUCGUCCUAAAGUCUCUGCGAACGGCGCACUUUCUUCUCAAUCACGGGGUAUGUCGUUUAGCCCGGUGACGCCUUCCGAUACUACUUCCCCUUCGGCACCGCAACCUCCUCCAGUUGCAUCCACAUCUCCGUCCACUCCCUCUGUAGAAGAUGAUGGGUUGAACAGCGAUACCUUGAACGGGUUGGUACCAAGGCCUAGUAUGCUUCCGCCAACGCAACGGCGUGGGCUCAAGCGGCCGGUCGCUGCGGAUUUCGUCGACCUUGAGCCGGAACCCUCGAGAUAUCGUCACCCUUAUAGUAUGGCUGGAUACGUCAGGGGGAACACCUCUAUGUCAAAGAAGACCGGUAGUUUUGCCAGCGUCAGUGGAAUGCGCAGAUGUGUCAUCGAUCUCAGCGACAGUGAAGACGAUAACCAGACCGAAAGUAAUGAUGCGAGUGCCGGCAAGCGACGGUCGUACUCUCCAAUUUCAUCUUCAAAUAUGCGUGCAUCGUCGCGAACCGCGACUCCGCCUAACAAUUCACUACCACCUGAUUUGCUGGAGAAAGAAAGGGAGAUACAACGUAUGAGGGAAUUAAUUGCAGAAAAGGAGCAGAGACGGCUACGGAAACUGGCGGAAUCAAGCCGGCCUCCGUCCGCUCUUUCCUCCCCUGGCACUCCCCGCCCUGCUACUUCUCAGCAGAUUGCAAAGGACUUUCCCCCCUCCAAUCCGCUGAAAGAAGAGGAUGAUGGACUGUCCUCGAAUGCUUUGAGUCAAGGUCGCGGAAGCCCAGAUUCCUCCACCAAUGGCCGUGAGGAGACCAAAGAAGAGGACAGUAUCAUGAGAGACUUGAUGACCACCGGCACUGAGCCUCAAAUAUCUAGCAGUUCUGCAAUGACAUCGGCCCAAACGUCUGGGGCUGUCACUCCCAUCGGUUCUCGUCCCUCUCAAUUCCUCGACAAUGCGACUUCCAACUGA